AUGUUUGUCCACACUUUAUCCGUGGGAGACGAGCAUAACAUUGUUGAUACUGAGAAGCGUCACCAUGAAGAUGAGAUUGAAGAGCAGAUACACAACAGGGACUCAAUGGUAUCUGAUUCAAUGACACCGGCCCUUGAAGAAUUUCCAGAUGUCAAGGAGUUUGACCAGCUUCUGAAGAGGUAA